AUAGGGCAAAUAGAACACAACCCUAACAUGGGAUCUCACACACACAUUAUUGCCACUCUUGUGGCAAUUCUUGCAAUUUUAUUGCCAACAUUGUCCAAUGCCACUUACCCAUCCCCUUCUCCGCCGCCCUACCACUACAAAUCGCCGCCACCGCCGCCGGAGCACAAAUACCCUCCUUAUCAUUACAAGUCUCCACCACCACCACCACCACCACCUGUUCACAAACCCCCGCCUUACCAUUACAAAUCUCCGCCACCGCCACCACCCCCUAAGGUCGUAAAACCCCCUCCUUACCACUAUAAAUCUCCGCCCCCGCCGCCCCCUAAGGUCGUAAAACCCCCUCCUUAUCAUUACAAAUCGCCACCACCACCGCCACCUAAGGUUGUAAAACCCCCUCCUUAUCAUUACAAAUCGCCACCACCACCGCCACCUAAGGUCGUAAAGCCCCCUCCUUAUCAUUACAAGUCACCGCCGCCACCGCCACCUAAGGUUGUAAAAUCCCCUCCUUAUCAUUACAAAUCUCCGCCGCCACCGCCACCUAAGGUUGUAAAAUCCCCUCCUUAUCAUUACAAAUCUCCACCGCCGCCGCCACCUAAGGUUGUAAAACCCCCGCCUUAUCAUUACAAAUCACCACCGCCACCACCCCCUAAGGUCGUAAAGCCCCCUCCUUAUCAUUACAAAUCACCACCGCCGCCACCCCCGAAAGUCGUAAAGCCCCCUCCUUAUCAUUACAAGUCGCCGCCACCGCCGCCACCUAAGGUCGUGAAACCUCCUCCUUACCACUACAAGUCUCCACCGCCGCCACCGCCUAAGGUCGUGAAGCCUCCUCCUUACUAUUACAAAUCUCCGCCGCCGCCGCCGUACCACCAUUAAACUUUCCAAAGAAACGAGAAUGUCUGAAAUAAAAAGUUGUGGAUGGGGGGCUGACUGGUGCAUGUCGUCGAAAACGAUGGAUUCGUGUCCGUACGUGGGAAAACGAAGAAGAAGAAGAAGACAAUGAAUUAAUAUUUACAUCUCAAAUUUAAUUAAAAUCUUCUUAUCAAAAUUAAUAAUCACCCCACUGCAGACAUUAAUCUUUUAUUAUCAUUUUCAUAUAGAUAUAUAUAUAUAUAUACACGUGUAGAGAGAGAGAGAGAGAGAGAGAGUAUGUGUACGUGGUUGGUGUCCCCAUGCAUCGCAUUUGAUUAUUGCAUUUUAAAUUAUAAAGUCGAUAUUGGCAGAGUUGUGUAUUUCAUAAGUGUGUUUCCCUCAAUAAAUUGAUAUGUCACGUCUAUUUCCCUUA